AUUGACCGAACCACCUCCUCACACGUACAUCAUCCUCUCCCAGUCUUCUCUACUCCUUCCUCUUCGUUCCUUUCUCUUUCUCUCUCUCACCAUUAUAAAACCCUCAACCCCCAUACUCUUUCUCUCAGCUUGGCAGUUCCCUUCUCAGAGAACAACAAGCUUUAACCCCAAAAAAAAAAAAAAUUAGAGAAAUUAAAAUUAAAAAAAAAAAAAACUCUUCAAUCCUCAACCCAAUUCCUCAAUCUUCUUAGUAAUUCCAGUUGAAUCCCAAAAACAAAACCAAAAAAAAAAUGCAGUGUCUCUCACCUCCGAGCAUUAGUCUCAAAUCCAUUAUUGGGACAAGAACGCUCAGUCCCACCAACCGAGUAGCUCCGAGUCGACUCGUUGUCCAAUGCGUUUACCGAUUUGACUCGGCCAACGCGGCCGCCAACUCUGCCAACUCCAACUUCUGCGGCGGUGUGGGUUGUAAUCGAGCCGACUGGCAGAGCUCGUGCGCCAUUUUAGCGAGCAAGGUGGUGUCGCAGCAGCAAGACACCACCGUGAAGAGCGGCAACGCCGACAACAUCACCGCCGUUAAUGGCCACCAAACCCUAGAUCUCGUCCCCAUCGAGAACCUCCCGAAGCCACUCACCAUCACAGAUCUCUCUCCGGCUCCGAUGCACGGCGCCGACCUCCGCGUCGCCUAUCAGGGAGUCCCCGGAGCUUACAGUGAAGCCGCCGCCGGCAAAGCCUAUCCGAACUGCGAAGCCAUACCUUGCGACCAGUUCGAAGUCGCAUUCCAAGCCGUCGAGCUCUGGAUCGCCGAUCGCGCCGUCUUACCAGUCGAAAACUCCCUCGGCGGUAGCAUCCACCGGAACUACGAUCUCCUCCUCCGCCACCGACUCCACAUCGUCGGCGAAGUCCAGUUCCCCGUCCACCACUGCCUUCUGGCCCUCCCAGGCGUCCGAAAAGAGUACCUAACUCGCGUCAUUAGCCAUCCUCAGGCCUUGGCUCAGUGCGAACUCACUCUCACCAAACUCGGCCUCAACGUCGCUCGCGAGGCCGUCGACGACACCGCCGGCGCGGCGGAAUUCGUCGCCACCAACAACCUCCGCGACACCGCCGCGAUCGCCUCCGCACGCGCCGCCGACCUGUACGGGAUGCAAAUCCUGGCCGACGGAAUCCAAGACGACCCGAGCAACGUCACGAGAUUCGUGAUGCUGGCUCGAGAUCCGAUCAUACCGAGAACAGACCGACCUUUCAAAACGAGUAUAGUGUUCGCACACGACAAAGGCACAUCGGUGCUCUUUAAGGUGCUAUCGGCUUUCGCGUUUCGGAAUAUUAGCUUGACGAAGAUCGAGAGUCGGCCUCACCGGAACAGGCCAAUUCGGCUCGUCGAUGAUGCGAAUGUUGGGACAGCGAAGCAUUUCGAGUACAUGUUCUAUGUGGAUUUCGAAGCUUCCAUGGCGGAGGUGAGAGCUCAGAACGCCCUCGCGGAGGUUCAGGAGUUCACUUCCUUCUUGCGGGUGUUGGGGAGCUAUCCCAUGGACAUGACUCCUUGGUGCCCGUCUGGGGGAGAUUAGCAAAACCCAUUGUCCCUCUAUUUUUUUUUUUAAUUUUAAUUUUAAUUUUGAAUUUUUUUUUUUUAGAAUUAUAUAUAUUUAUGUUCUGAAUCUUUAAUUCAUCUGCGGAUCGAGAGACAAGCAAAAAUUGUUGUUAUUGUUGUUGUUGGGGGGUAAAUAUAUAUAUAUAUAUAUAUAAAUAUGUAGGUUGAUGAUGUUAAAUUUGGGCCUUAUUUACAUGUGAGGUUGUGAAUAUCAUUAUCAUCCAAAUUGUAUUCUU